AUGGCCUCCGCAACCGCCGAACACCCUCCACCCAUGGCCACGCUCUCUCCUGCCGAGCUGCGACACAUCACGUCCAGCAACAACCUCGCCAGUCCCGCUCGCGAACGUAGACUCUCAAACCGCAACUCACAAUACCUACGCACACAUCGCAUGGGUUCACGCUCGCCUAAUUCCAUCCCAUCGUCGCCAACGUCGGUACAUUCUUCUUCUUCUGCCAUUUUCGAGCGCGACAUAGAACCCAUUUCUGCAUCGCCAACCAGCUUCGCUCACUCCUCCGACCCCCAUCGCAUCCCUCGCGGCAAAAUAUCUGAGCAGCUCGACCAGUCCGUACCGACUGUGCUUGACAGCGCGGCAGCGAUCCUCGCUGCCACCUCGUCUGCUGACGACGACUUCGACUGUAUCUCCAUCGUAGCCCCAGCCCCGCAAGACAAUGGCUACCAGAGCGGGUUCACCAGCCCUAUCUCGCGUCUUAGCAGCCGCAGCCCGAGCCCGACAGGGGUUAACAGGAGGAGCCUUCUUUUCAGCACCAGCCCCCCCAUCCAGGGAUCUCCGCCCGUCCGCCCUGUAGUGCAUACUGCACCACCACCGCCGCCGCCGUCGACCGUCACGCAGACACCCACGUCGGCGUACUUCUCCGCCGCUUCAAGCGCGACGCCCUCCGACAUGGACUCGGCUGAGUCUUCUCCAACCACCGCGACACACCACGAGCACCCGCUUCACGGCCUGCCUCCCCCACCAGCCCCCGCCCCCGUUCCAGCCCCCGCAACAAUCACCAUCCCCAGCCUGCCCGCGUCCCACCCGCCUUCGCCGAAGAACAGCUCAAAGCGUUUGUCGUUCCUCUCAUAUAUGGACCUCCUCUCGUCCAUCCCCGCGUCGACGCUUCCGCUCUCGAGCUUCACCUCCUCGGCUGUCGCUUCCGAGCCGCCCCCGCACAUCCCCAGCGUCAUCGGGCUCCCGCAGGCCCAGGCGCAGUACGCCGCGAGCUCGAGCGCGGGCAGCAUUCACGCGUCCAGCACGUUCGAGCGCGAUGCGGCUUCGGGUAUGGUGGACGACGUCGGUGGGGAAUGGGAGCGUGAGGGCCUGGGUCGCGGAUUGGAAGAGCGCCUCGAAGCGUUGAAGCCGCCGCACCCGUUGCCGAGCAAGGCGUAA